UCCAUCUGCGAAAUCGAAAAGUGAUUGCAUUCAGCCGUACGUUCUUUCUCAAUUAAUCCACUAUCUCAUCUCGUCGUCAUCCUCAGCGUCAUCUGCCUGGAGUCCAUUGGCAUGCGCCAUACUAACGGUGGAAGUGCCUGCUCUCAUGGACGGAUUGGUAUUCCGGCAUCAGGAAAUUCUGACGGUUUACUGGGCUAUACUCGACCAACCGGCAAAAAUAGAGAAAGCAAUACUCUCGCACUUUUGUAAAGUGAAUCUGAUGCUCAUCAGACGUCGAGCUAGUGAUUUCGCCCGAUUUCUGACAUGCCGAGGCGACCUAGCAACUAUUUUACAUCAUCUCGACGAUGAAGCCUGCCCCGACUUGUCUGAUGUUUUAUUCGCAACCAUUCAAAAUGACACUGCUUCCGAGGGCAUCAGUAUCAUUGAUUGGUUUGCCGAUCAUCAGCUGAUCGAUCGGUUGGUGGAUCGAAUGAUAUCAAGUGAUAACGAAAUGACACGCGAGAAUGCUCAGCGUUUGCUGUCUGAUAUCAUCCGUUUGUCUCAGACGAACCAGUUUGACGCAUCCAGUAUCGGUUUCAAACAACUACUCGAGCAGCUAACCAGCUAUCCAGUGAUAAAGCGAAUAGCUCACUCCAUGUUUGAUUUAUCGUGCGAUCUACCCAACGCGCUUGUUCCUGCCAUUUCCAUGAUUGUUGAUCUCAUACGAAAUAAUCAAAGUGUUAUUUCGGUAUCCGAAUUUGCAACUCUCCUGGACUCCACUCUCGAUAUCUUCACCACCCAUAUACCACAACUUCUUUCUAAGCUAGAACUUUCUGGAAAACAGACAUUUAUAGAAACACCCAUAGGACGACAAGAACCUGUGGGUAUAGAACGCUUGGCUGUCUGUGAGCUAUUCGCAGCAUUGUAUUAUUCCUCUCACACGAAUGAACAAUUCGGACAUCUAUUUAAACAAAGCUUGAUCGAUCAUGCCGUUCUGUCACGACUUUUGGACAUGUUUUUUGGCUUCCCGUGGUGUAAUUUCUUACAUGUAAUCGUAUAUGAUAUGCUAUAUCAGAUUUUUCAUGCUGAUUUUAAUCAACCAAUAAACUAUCGUCUGUUGAUGGAGACGCUUGAGACGAAUUACCUUAUGAAACGUAUCCUACAAGCUCAUCAAGCGAACGAAAAGUUCAUAAAGGAGCAAAAAGCAAGGCUCGGAUUCAUGGGUCAUAUCUCGUUGCUGUCGAGGUGUAUUUUAGAAGUCUUUCAGUCCCAAGUUGACGUUGCCACGAAAAUGAUGGACACAGAUUGCUGGGAUGAAUGGGUGCUGUAUGUUCAGACUUCAUUGAAAAAAGACAUCCAGCGCGAUAACGGACCUCUUGGUUGCAAGCCAUAAGUGGAAGCUUCUAUUCCCGAAAUGGGAGAUUCGUCUUUUGAUGGAUUAAAAAUUCCAAACAGUUCAAAGCCGCACAGCCAUUUCAGAUACCAAA